UUAAUCAUCAGUUGAAUUCUAGUUCUCGGCAAGAAAUGAAUUAUUUACUAAAUAUUUCAAUUGUUAUUAUUUUCUUGGCAAACCAGUCAAAUGCUAUUCUAUGCAUAGGCUGUACUUCAGAUGGAGGAAACAAUCCGUAUUGUGAAGGAGAAUUCUCCCUGACAGCUCCUACAGACAAAUACGUGAUAACAAACUGCAGCGCUGUGAUGACACAUUGUUAUGUACAGUACAUAGAUGAAAAAACAACUGGUGGUAUGGCAAGAUGGAAUAGGAAUUGUUGCAAUAUGAACAAUGAGAAUGACUCGAGCUGUAGAGGAGUUGAGCAUGAUCUAGUAGAGGGAAUUUAUGAAAAGUGGACAAAAAGAUGUACAACAGAUCUAUGUAAUACAGUUAACCCAGAAGGUGGAAGUGGAGGAGAUGGUGAGGGUGGAGGUGUUAUUAUUGCGGAUGGUAAAAACAGUGCUGGUUUUGUGUCAGGCUAUCCAAUGGCUAUGGUUGGGUCUCUGCUCUUUUCCUGGAUAUUAUGUAUUUAGAAAACUACGAUAUUGUUUAAAUUAUUACAGUUUGUCACAAUAAACAAAGAUAUUUAGAGACGA